AUGUCGACUGUACAUCCCAUGAACAAAGUCCUUCGCGCUCGAGGUUCAUCAACCGAAGCGGCAUCAGCCAAAGACAGAGUCGGGCCAAAUCAACAUUCCAUCACAAUCAACAUCGACUCGCCAUCUAUUGACCUUUCGAACUCGACGGUGUCAAGAAUGUCUUCCGAGCCUCAGCCCAAAAGGCGCCGGGUUGCCGCCCCUCCCUCUCCAGUAUACUACUACACAAUCUACUUAUUGGGUUCCCCAGGAGUCACCGCUGAUAGAGCUCAAGUCGAGCCCUACGUAACCGACGACAACGAGCAGCUGUUCCGGACAUACCAUCCCCCACUAAAAUACACCUUGGCAGUCGAAAUAACAACCGGAACCGAUGGCAAACGUGUCUGGUGCCUCGAGUUUCUUACCAAGCUGCCGUCUCACACUCACGUAGAAGGCCUGGAGAUCCACACAAUCCCUACAGCCUGGCCCUAUAACAGUAUGGACGUCCCUCGAGUCGGACGGAAUCUAAUAUAUCACACUUUUAAUCCGCGCCGCGUUCUCUCGCAAGAAGAUAUUAGGUGCCUCGUGGACAUGUUCCCCAAUGCGCUUGGCGCGCAGGUCCUUAUUGCCGGCCGCAUUCGUAUACCACACAUGGACAUCCUUAGAGCAAGACUGGGCCGAAGGCGUACCAUUGGGAUUGCCGCAAGAUGGCCUCAAUUCUUUGGAACAUUCUCAUACCCCACCCCUCAUAGUGCCUUCCCCUUACAAGCACCAGCAAUCCAAGCCCGGCACGGAUUGGCAGGUGCGGGUGUUGUUGUUGCACCUUCCUCGAACUCUAGCUCAACGUGUAAUAAAAGUGCCUUCCUCGCUAUCCUUCUUCUUCUUCUUCUUCUUCUCUGGUUCACAGAGCGAUCACUACUUGAAAUCCAAUCGUACUACUACAAUUCAAAAGAUUUCAAAAUGGUCCCAACCUCAACUGUCUCCGACGGAGCGACGACAAUGUCGUACUCCGAUAGAGUCGCCACCGCCUCGCUCGUGCUCGGCAUCCUCGCGGUGCUCGUUACUUUGCCCUGCCUUCUUGUCGCCUUUGGCUUCUUCCCGAAGUCUGGUUUGGCUCGCAGAAUUCUCCCAUCUAACGCAGACGUUGUGAAAGCAAUCACCGAUCACGAACGCCGAUCACAACGCCGAUCUUAUGGAAAUUCACCGACAAGACCGAGCCACCAGCGAACUUCAAAGCCAGCAAAUGGCAGAACAUCAUGA